AUGGCUGAUGGAAAUGCUGAAUGUAAUAUCAAGGUUUUGUGUCGCUUUCGUCCAUUGAAUCAAUCCGAAAUUAUCCGUGGAGACAAGUUUAUUCCAAUAUUUCAAGGAGAAGACACUGUCAUCUUUGGGGGCCGUCCCUAUGUGUUUGACAAGGUGUUCCCCACGAACACCACCCAGGAGCAGGUCUACAACACCUGUGCCAAGCAGAUAGUCAAAGACGUCCUGGGUGGAUACAAUGGCACAAUCUUCGCUUAUGGGCAGACGUCAUCUGGGAAGACACAUACUAUGGAGGGGAACCUUCACGACCCACAGGGAAUGGGGAUCAUCCCACGCAUCGCAGAGGACAUUUUCGAGCACAUAUUUGCCAUGGAUGAAAACCUAGAGUUUCACAUCAAGGUGUCCUACUUUGAGAUCUACAUGGACAAAAUCCGGGACUUGUUGGAUGUGACAAAGACUAACCUCUCAGUGCACGAAGACCGCUACAGGGUUCCCUAUGUAAAGGGCUGUACAGAGCGUUUCGUCAUGAGCCCAGAGGAGGUGAUGGAUGUGAUAGAUGAAGGAAAGGCCAACCGCCACGUUGCAGUCACCAACAUGAAUGAACACAGCUCACGCAGCCACAGCAUCUUCCUGAUAAAUAUCAAACAGGAAAAUGUGGAAACCGAGCAGAAGCUGAGUGGGAAGCUGUACCUAGUCGACCUAGCAGGUAGCGAGAAGGUCAGUAAGACAGGUGCAGAGGGAGCCGUGCUGGAUGAAGCCAAGAACAUCAACAGGUCUCUGUCCGCCCUGGGGAACGUCAUCUCAGCCCUCGCAGAAGGAACGAAAUCCCAUGUACCGUACCGAGACAGCAAAAUGACACGCAUCCUUCAAGACUCACUGGGCGGAAACUGUCGCACCACAAUGUUCAUCUGCUGUUCCCCCUCCAGUUACAAUGAUGUGGAGACCAAGUCCACCUUGAUGUUUGGCCAACGAGCCAAGACCAUACGCAACACAGUGUCUGUGAACCUGGAGCUCACAGCUGAACAGUGGAAGAAGAAAUAUGAAAAAGAAAAAGAGAAGAACCGUUCACUGAAGGAGAACAUUCAGAGGCUGGAGAUCGAGCUCAACCGCUGGAGGAAUGGGGAAUACAUGAGCACAGAAGAAAAGCUGCCAUCGGUAAAAGCUCUGCCCCUGGUGCCUCCUGAAUCUGAAGAGGUCAUCCCCGAUAUAUGCAGCCCCUGUACCCCAUGCACCCCAUGCACCCCCUGCACCCCUUGCUCCAUCGCCUCCUCCAUUGUCGUCCACAUUUCUGACGAGGAGAGGCAAAAGUAUGAAGAGGAGAUCCGCAAGCUCUACAAACAGCUGGAUGAAAAGGAUGACGAGAUCAACCAUCAGAGCCAGAUGGUGGAGAAGCUGAAGAAACAGAUGCUGGAUCAGGAGGAGUUAUUGGCGUCUUCAAGGGGUGACAGUGAGAAAGUGCAGUCAGAGCUGGGCCGGUUGCAGUCGGAGAAUGAGAGCUCCAAAGCGGAGGUGAAGGAGGUGCUGCAGGCCCUGGAGGAGCUGGCCCUCAACUACGACCAGAAGAGCCUGGAGGUGGAGGAGAAGACCACUAAAAAUGCACUGCUGGCAGAAGAGCUGACCAAGAAAAUGACUCGUCUCGUGGCUUUGGAGGCAGAGCUGUCCCGUAUCCAGGAAGUGAGCAGUCACCAGAGGAAACGCAUCACUGAGAUCCUCAACGGCUUGAUGAGGGACUUGAGCGAGUUCAGCACAAUAGUCGGAAACCGGGACAUCAAACUGCCGGCCGAGAUCACGGGUGCCAUAGAAGAGGAGUUCACUGUGGCGCGCCUCUACAUCAGCAAGAUCAAAUCAGAGGUGAAGUCUAUGGUGAAACGUUGUCGUUACCUGGACAACCUUCAGAUGGAGUGUCAGCGCAAGAUGGAGGAGACGGGCAAAGAGCUGUCCUCAUGUCAGCUCCUUGUUUCACAGCAUGAAGCAAAGAUCCGUUCUUUGACCGACUGCAUGCAGAACGUGGAGCAGAAGAAGAGACAGCUGGAGGACAGCUAUGACUCUCUCAAAGAGGAACUGGCCAAACUCCAAGCUCAAGAGAGUGUGUCACGGGUGGCCAUGCGGGAGAACCACACAACAGUCCAGAAGUCGGCCAGGAUAAAGAGGGCCAUGGAGCAGCAGAUGGCCUCACUCAGAGAAGCACACAGCAAACAGCUCAGCCUCCUGAGAGAUGAACUCAGCGAGAAGCAGAGGACCAUUCACCAGCUCUCAGAUUGUAACCAGAAACAGCAGUUGGAGCUAGACCAACUCCAUGAGGACUUUGAACGUCUGAAGAGCCAGGAGCAUCACAAGAGCCGGCAGCUGGAGGAACUAACGUUUCUUAAUGAGCGACAUGAGCAGUCAAAGCAGGACCUCAAAGGGCUGGAGGAGACUGUUGCUCGUGAGCUCUACAGCCUGCACAACCUGCGCAAACUGUUUGUUCAAGACCUCACCACUCGAGUCAGAAAAAGUUCAGACUUGCACCUGGAUGACAGUGGAGGUUAUUUUACUCAGAAACAGAAGAUUUCCUUUCUCGAGAACAACCUGGAGCAGCUCACAAAAGUUCACAAACAGCUGGUCCGUGACAAUGCAGACCUGCGCUGUGAACUUCCAAAGUUGGAGAAGCGUCUCCGAUCUACAGCUGAGAGAGUCAAGGCUCUGGAGGGGGCACUGAAGGAGGCCAAGGAGGGCGCCAUGAAGGACCGUCACCGCUACCAGCAGGAAGUGGAGCGCAUCAAAGAUGUGAUGAUCAGGACUCGCAACCCUUUCCGCCGCCCACACGCAGCUCAGAUUGCGAAGCCAGUGCGUCCGGGCCAUUACCCGCUGUGUCCUCCCUCCAAUCCCUUCUUGAGCCGAGGCUUCAGCGAGCACCCCAUCACCUUCUGCAACGCCGUCUUCUACAACCAAAACAAACAGAAAGCAUCCGUCCCCGCUGAGCCCCUUUCUCCAGACAGCGAGCCUGAGUCCACACCGAGCAGCCCCACCAAGAUGCCUCACGCACAAGACAGCCAGGAGUGUGAUAAUGGACUACAAAACAGCAUUCUUCCAGUGGAUCCUGUGAAUACAGCUGCCAGCAGCACGGCGGAGAUGCUCGACUCAGAAAAUGGCAACACCACUGACAUCAAUGACAACAGCAUGUGUCUCAAUGUGAAUUCUGUCUCCACAAGUGUGAUCUGCGACAAUCAGGACCAAAUCCAGCUCUACGGCCGCCACUCAGAGGCUUCAGCCAGCUAAUGGCUCCAUUCUGGUAAGCUUUCUAAUAGACCCGACUUAUUAGACUUAAAAGUGCAUUGUGUAACGUUUCAGGUGUAGGGCUCGUCAAGUGCUUUUCUCCAUGGAAAUGUUAUUACUUGUCUGGAAUGUUUCACAGUAUAGUAUUGAACUUUUCUAUCUUCACGGAGAUCAAACCAGACAAGUAACAAGCCAAGCCAAAGAGGUAACCCGACUAUUAGUCAAAAUGCCUGUUUUUCUAGGUAUUUUUGAGCUAUAAAAACACCUGUAAUUGUAUAAAGUGGAGCUGUUUAAUGUGAUACUGUGGAGGCAGAGCAGACAUAUCUACCAGAAAAGUUACACAAUGCACCUUUUAAGGCUCAUUUAUUCUCCACUUUUGAUGUAAAAAGUUCUAUGCAUAGUAGCCUUCAACUGCAUUUAUACUUCUAAGCUUUUCUACUGCCAAGACUGCAUUUUCUAAAAAUGCACUUUGAGAAUUGACCUAAAUGGAUGAAGUAGAGCAACAAAUAAACAAACAUGGAGGCACCCGCGGCAGAUUUAAGAUCGCAUCUGUAGGAAAGGGGCCAAGAAAAUGAGGUGAGAGAAGCAUUUAUUUGUCCUGCAGCUGAUUCUAGUCACAAAGUUUAGCUUCCACUGUCGCGCUGUGUUCACUACUGUCCACAGUGGUUAGCUGAUGUACCACUCCACUGCUAAGAUUCCACUUGUUCUGAAGAGACGUACUUGAUGACUCACAAAACAAUGUAGAAGACGGUCCGAAGUCUCUAUGCGCAUCCGUAGGCGUCUCAGAUGUAGAGCAUAAAUGAGCCUUUAGACAAACUUUAUUGAUCCAUAAGGGAAAUUGUUUGGGCACAAUAGCUCACACACCACAAUAAAUAUAAUAUAAUAUAACAAAGAGCAACAAUAUAAAUGGUAAUAAUGCAUUCAAAAUAAGUAGCCAAAAAAGCAAGAGAAUGGUGCAAGUAAAAAUAAGUAACAAUAAAAUAUAGAAAUAUAGUAUAAUACAAAAUAUACAAGAAGAGGGUAAGGAGAAACAGUGCAAAGACUAUGUUACAUUACAAAACAAUGCUGUAGUUCAAACUUCAAUCUACAAAUAUAUGAAAAGUGGAUGUGAUUAUUGCAUUAGUUUAGCAGCUCAUAUUUCAAAAGUUAAAAGUAAUGCUCCAGGUUGUGUAAAAUGAGCACUCUGAAUCCUAAUAUUGCAACUGUAAAAAAUUAAAGAAACAAAAAACUAUAAGGUUUAGUACAAUUUAAUCUCUUCUUUUUAAAUUUUUUUGUUUUAACAGUCCCAAUUCCCCUCAAAAUCGUUGUAUGCAUUACUCAAUUUAUCGCCAACUCUAAAUGCAAAUGUAUAAGUAAAGUUAUCUUGUUUGGAUGGAUAAUCUUAAAUGAAAAUGGAAAUGGAAAACCAAUAAAUGAUCCAGAAUACUGCAGAAAACUGUUUAUUGCUUGAUAAAUCCCCACUAACAGUUUUGAAAACCUAUAAGGAAGCAUUGCCUGGGGAAAUACAGUAUGGGAAAAAUAAAAUGUCAACCAUAUAACAUUUACUGGUAUUUGAUUCAAACAUUAGAGACCACAAACUUUUGGGAAAAUCUAGUAAUAACACAAAAUAACACUCACACACAACACUUUGUACUCACAUUACCCCCACUCCUCAUACUGCAGUGCUAUAAAGGGACGUCAAGAUUCACCAAUCAUCAAAACAGCAUGUUAUAAUGUAUGUUAUAAUGAUGUUUCCUCAGCAAAAACAUAGCUGGAGUUGUCUUAUGUUUCAUUCAUUCAUGUUUAAUACACAAACUCUGCAUAUUAGGUUGAGCUCUUCUCCCAGUCUGUUUCACCUUGUGAUGUCAUGGCAAUACAGGAAGUGCUCCACUGUGUUUUUAUACUCCAUACACCUUCAUUAGUUUCACUUCAUUUGGAUGAUUUCAGCCCUGGAAUUGCCAAUCUCUACUGAACUAAUGGUAAAAAGGUUAACUUGAAAACAACAGAGGAACAGAGUAUUUUGAGCUUUGGAGAUUUAGAGAGACUAAUAAUGCAAAAUAAUAAUAAGUGAUAAUGAAACAAAACACAACUCCAGCUGUUUUUAAUGAGGUAACAGCAUUCUAACAUGGCUUAAACCUCACAAGAGUCAAUUUUGAUUAAUAUAGGACCUUUAAAAAGCAGUGAUAAGCCAUGACCCAAUUUAUGCUGAAUGUCUAUUUUUAGCAACAUAAAACUAUAGACUGUAUAUACUAAUCUUUCCUUAAUCAUUUUUGUUUUGUUCUUGCACACAUCAUAACAUAUUGAGUAUAGAAGUAGAGAGAAGAUUUGGUGUUUCCCUUAAUGUGAGGAGACAUUUCGCUGACUAUAUAUCUGAACAGGUUUAGCACAGAGCAGGUGAGCCACUUUGUUACAAGUCUAAAUUUGGCCGUGGGCUUUGUGCACUAACUCUGAGUCUGAGGCUCUGGAAAUAAAAUGGCCUUGAUUUGUCGCCUCCAGCUUUAACUCCUAUCUCCCUGUUUCUUCUCUAACCGUCAUUCACUCUCGUUUUCAAGCGUAAAUGACUCUCUGUAUGCCUGUGCUUUGUCUUCUCUUUUUCAGAUCUGAAGACACCUCUGUAAAUCUGCAUGAACUGAUCACUAUCCUCCUGACUCUUUCCCACCUGCUAAAGCAUCUGUAUGCCUCCUGCCCCCUCUGCUACCCCCUCUUCCACCCCCUCUUCCCCCUGUAUCAUGAUGUUGUUGGACGUGUGUGGAUUUCAGUGGCAUCUGUGGCAGGCACUGCAUCUUCAGUGCAUGAGCUGCUCCCCCUUUAUCAGACUGGCUUAUGCAGUUCUUUAAAUGACCAGAUGGGUGUGCUGUUUCCCUGUUGAGAAUGGGAAUUGAAAGUCAACAUAGAUUUCAUUCAAUAGAAAAAUGUACAUUUGUUGACUCUACCUUUUUUAAUACUGCUGAUGUGUUUAACAUAUUGGAGGCCAAAUACAGAGAGGAAGUCUGUAAUGCAUUGCCACUUUUCUGUGUUUAAAUUGCAUUGUGUGACUUCUAGUGGAGGGUCCGCCACCUGUUUAUCUCCCUGGACUUGUUAUGGCUUUGUCUAGAAUGUUCCACAGUAUAGAUUAAACCUAUCACAAGGGAGACAGGCAGGUUACAGCAUUACGAUACAUUACAAUUCAGUUCUGUGGAGAAGGAAGGAAAUUAAUGUAUUUUUGAGCAAUAUAAACACCCAUAAUGAGUAAACAUUGAUAGAUAUGUUUAAUGUCAUACCAUGGAAUUUAUCGGGGAAAGCAAUAUCAUCUCCAUGGAGACAAGUAGUAGCGGACCUUCCACUAGAAAAGUUGCGCAGUGCACCUUUAAGUACAUAGCAAAAUACAUAGACGUAAUAGGUUUGAUGCUGGUGCCUGUUGUCGUUGGCACAAAAUCAACAAUUUGAAGUCCAUAUCUAUUUAAGUUGAUGCUAAAUUGGCCACUGUUUUAUUCUGGAUUGAAAAGAUUGUUGUACCCCAUUUCACAAUAAGCCCAACAUAAUGAAUGUAUAAAAAGUAUUAAAGAGUAGUACAUAGAAUAGUGGGGUACUUAUUGGGGUACUUGUUUUGCAGAAUGAUACACAAUGCAAACCAACGCAAGCCGGUUUUUGGCUUUAAUGUUAGAAGAACUGUCAUUUUAAUGUAUUACGUGUUUAUAGAGCAAACAAACAGGAAUUGGUUUACAAAGAGAGGGUUCAGACACUAAUAUAUCACCUUACAAAGUCCCCAAAUAACUUCUAGAUGGUCACAUUUGUACACAAACUAAACUUUCAAAAGGAGGGUGAACCACAUUUGAAAAUAGCUAAAAAAUGUUAGAGUAUUUUGUGGUUUCGUCAGUCAUGGCAUGUUUGGCAUUUUGUAUGAAACUCUGGUUGUAACUGUGCGAAUAGCAGUAUAACCACAAAUCACUGCAAAAGACCUUAUGGACCAAUAUUAUGUGGUGAACUUUUUAAACUACCCCAAAAAAUGCUUGUGGGGGUGCUGCGUGUGGUAUGUUGUCCUUGUCAUCAAAGCAUGGCACAGUAAAGAAAAAAA